CUCCAAAAUUUUCAACGUACUGUGAAGUUUAGUGCCACCUCAGUCAGACCUCUACCGAUAACGCGAGUAAUUAUCCAAAAUCGACUAAACAUGAACAGACUUAUCGUUCUCGGGCUUUUGGCCACUUCCGCGUUCGCCGUGCCUAUGCCUGGAUCCAGUGGAAAUUUGGAUUGUCUAAAUCACGAAGAUAUGUUCUCGUGCAUCGCGGUAAAGAGCAUCAAUUUCUUGGGAAGAGCUGCAAGAUCGAGUGACAUCCAACUGAUCGAUGGCGUGACGUUUGUGCGAGAUGUACCCAUUCACGGUCUUGUUUCAGUGGAGCGAGGUGGUAAGAUGUUGGAAACGGAAACAGAGCUAAUAAAUGAACUACCUCGGGAAGUAGUCGACAAGACUUUCAAGCUGGCUAGCAUGAUGUUCGAGUCUGUAGUGUCUUUCCUGAAGAGCCACAGUCUAAAGCUGAGCUUGCCCGAAGGAUCGAUCGCCCGCACCAUCGAAGAAGCAAGAGCUAAAACCAAGAAAUCGAUCCAUCCCCUGCUGGCUGCCGCUGGUUUGAAAGUCUUCGCUUUGAUCCCAAUUGCAUUGGGAGGACUUGCUCUGCUCGUGACGAAGGCCCUGUUUGUCGGUAAAAUCGCUCUGCUUUUCGCCGGUAUCUUGGCUUUCCAAAAGCUCUUUGGCAGUGGCAGCUCGACUGGUAACAUCUUCAGCAAGGGAGUCCAGCCAAUUGCUGCCUGGGCUUCAGCCCCGGCUUCUCAAAGUUGGUCGUCAGCUCCCUCAUCUUCUCAGUCACAGGGUUAUUAUAGAAGUUUCGAUUCUAAUGAUGCUCAGCAUCUUGCCUACGGUGGGCAAGCUCCCGAAGAAGCUAAGUAAAAAUGCUAUAUCAACCACCGCUCGACUAUUUGGAUGUAAAAAUAAAUGGACGGAUGGAGUGACAGACAAGCAAACGAACGAACGAUGGAACGAUAAAUCGGAACACAGGAAUUACUAUUGGUACAUAGUUUGGUACAGAGCAGAGGCGAAGACCUCAAACUCUUCAAAUUUGCCAGUGGACUGAAAGGAAUACGUUAUUAUUAAUAUUUAAACAUGAAAAUUUAUAAUUAGUUCUAGUAUCAAUAUUGUUACAAUUAUAUUUAUAUUAUUCUUAAUUAACGAAACGGCGUCAAUGGGUCCGGAGGAAAAACAGUACUGCCGCAUCCCUCACAUUUUUGACGCAUGCCAUGUAACAGAGAGGCCAUAAAACUAUUGUCAUUUCAUUCAUAUUUAUAUAACACGUAUAUACGAAUAUAAUUUGUAAUUAUAAAUUUAGGUUACACCCUCGACUGCUAGCAUAAUAUAUUAUAACUAUUUAUGGGACAAUUUGUAAUUAAAUACUAUUUAAUAAAUUAUUAAAAUUAUUAGAUGUCACAAUUUGUCAUCUACAGAAUGUGCCACACAGCGCGGUAUUAUUAAUAUAUAAUGUAAUAUUGACACCCGUACAUCUGUAGCGGCUAAUAUGUUUAUGCUAAUUAGCUUGUAGCAGCUGCCUCAUAAGCAAUUCAAUUCGGAUAUGUACAGCUCUCUCUGAAAGCCUCCUACUAUCAGAUUCGGGCCAACGUUUUGCAUACCAUGUCACGACAGUCACAGAAAACUAAUUUCCGUCACAAAAAUGUAAUACUGAUAAGCGGAUACGAUUUAAAAAUUUUCACACACUUACACGACAUUAUUUCUCUAUCAUCCGAAUAAUUACCAUACAUUAAUUCACAGCUGGUUCAUCUCAAGAAGCAAAAUGCGCAUAAUAAAGAGAAUUCAAGAGGAGAUCGAUGAAGUUUAAAUCGGAGUAUGAAUACAUUUCGAACUGCUAAAGAUCGGUUAUUUUUGUCUUCUUACUGUUAUGGACACCUUGAUUCAUCUCAAGAAACAAAAUGCGCAUAAUAAAGAGAAGUCAAGAGGAAAUCGAUGAAGUUUAAAUCGGAGUAUGAAUACAUUUCGAACUGCUGAA